AAAAUCCGCAAGAUUGGUGGUGGUGUAAGGUCGGUACGAGCCGGGGAGGGAGAGCAGACCCCGCCCCCAAUACUGGGAGCUGAUAUCUUUCUGGAGUUGAUCAUCAGUUGUAGAGAAAGGUAGAGUGCGCAACCCGUUCUACGCACGUACAAUCUUGAUCAGGCAGGCGCUCCAGCCCAGGCUAGUGACAUUAAUCAAAUUUAGUGAUAAUAUCGGAGAUAAAAGUGAUGCUGGGAUUCCAUCUUGAAGAAAAUACGAAAAGAUAUUUUUAAUGUUGUACCCAGAGAAAACUAUUCUCAAUAUGAUGGAAAGUGCGCUGGCUGAGACAAUGGGUGUACGGAGUGCAGGAGGUGUUGGUCAGGAUGUACAUAACAAGAGUCAGCUGGAUAAUAUCGUUGGCAGCCUCUGGCAGGCUAGACAGGAGUCCUCAGGUUCCAGCUUAGGAAACCAGUCUCCUCGGAACGGAGAAGAUAUGAUAUCAGACCCUGGCAGUCCAAACGACAGCGGGCAUGAUAAUUCACACAAACAGGAUCGUGAAGAUGAUCAGGAGCUGGCGAGUGAUCUCCGACUCCCUCGGGACUAUCCUUUCUCUUUCCCUGGGUUCGGAGGGAUCCCCUCCCUCCCCACCCUGGAGGCGCUCAACAAACAGAAGGAGCUUCUAGGUUCGAAUAUAAUCCUUCCUGUCUCUUCCCCUCAAGGACUACUGAAAACUCCUUCCAGCAUGUUUCCCCAUCAUGGUUUUCCCCCUCUCCGACCCCCGUCACAGCCGACCAGCCAAUCAAACAGUCCUUCUGAUUUUGGAACCCAACAAAACUGGAGUUUUGAAGAACAGUUCAAACAGGUGGUUGAGGCUAGGGGAACCCCUUCAAACAUAUCUGAAAACCUUCAACCCCCCCUCCAACAUCUUUAUGAGAUCGACGAGAACCCUAAAAGGAAGGAUUUUCUUGACGAACUGUUUGCGUUCAUGCAGAAGAGAGGAACUCCUAUAAAUCGUCUUCCUAUAAUGGCAAAACAGGUGUUGGACCUGUACGAGCUGUACAACCUGGUGGUGGCCCGGGGAGGUCUGGUGGAGGUUAUCAACAAGAAACAGUGGCAGGAGAUUAUCAAGGGUUUAGGUUUACCCUCAUCCAUAACCUCGGCAGCCUUCACACUCAGAACACAGUACACGAAGUACCUGUAUCCCCUGGAGUGCAAGCUGAACAACCUGAGCAACCCAAAUGAUCUCCAGUCCGCCAUAGAAGGGAACAAGAGAGAGGGAAGAACUAGUUCCUAUGGACCCUACGGGAUGGGGCUUCCUUUCCAGAACUCCCCUCUGCCCCCCUCUAUGGGGUCUAUGCCCCCCUUUUCGAUGAUGAAUACACCCCCCCGAUCCUUACACAUGAAUGGAAACGGCCGACCAAUGCAUCCCGGUUCAAGAUCUCCCCCUGGAUUACCAACAGGACCCCAGGAUCCACUCUCAGCCUUUGAAAUGACACGUCUUGCUCUCUUGAAGGUAGAGAUGUUUAUGGGACAACAUAUGUACAACCAGAGCGGGAUGGGUGGAGAGCAACUCCGUUCUCCGUUAUCUAUGCCAAACCUUCCCCUGCCUCCAGAUCUACCAGGGAUGCACAUGCAGGAGAAAGCUUUAAAUCUCCAGGUUGAGAGGGAGAGACAAGAGAGAGAAAAUUUCCGACAUCAUGAGCGGGAAAAACGCGAGCAUCGCGAGAUGGAGGAGAGAGAGAGAAACAUGAGACGUGAGAUUGAGAUGAAGAGAGAGAGGUUGGGAGAGGAGAGGAUGGAGAAGGUUGUGAGGAUUGAUAGAGAGGAUGAGGGAGUAUCUCCACCUCCCUCUAAGAGGAUGCACCAUGAUGAGGAUGAGGAUGAGGAUGAGGCUGAAUCUCCAACUCCUCUUAUAACUGUUGCUGCUGCUGCUACAAAUAUAAAGAUUACCAGCAGAGGUGAGGGCAACGAGAGUUCUCUAGUCGUUUGUAUGGAACUAAAUGGCCAAACCUACCAGGGCAUUCUCUUCCAGAAACCAAUCUAAACCCGGUCAUAUUGUUGUACAGUUGUACAUUCAGCAGUACACUACACAUCACGUAUGUACGUGUACAGACUGUAAAGUGAUUUAAAAACUCUAGGUUUGAACUACAACUAGUGAAUUUUAAUCUUUCCUCUAUCUCUCUCUAUAUCUCUCUUCAAUUUAAACCAAAAUUUUAAGAAUCUCUUCACGCGAAAUUUGUUUGAUUUUUUUCGUAGAUUUUCCACAUUCUCUCGUGUUCCCCCCUUGCAGGCUGUGAAAUAUUGAAUAUUAUUUGACUAAUUAUAAAUUUAAGUUCGGUCAGAGCAGAAAUUUUUUCAAGCAAAAAUAUUUCCAACUGGAUUUAAAAAAUGAAAACCAAAUGAUUUUGCUCUGACUGUAUCCGUAUCCUAAACUGUAACUGUAGUGUAUAGUGUAUAUAUACUUCAUAUACUGACCAGUUGUUAAAAAAACCAAUGCUUAAUUGCAACCAGAACGAAACCAGUUUAAUGUAAACAAUUUCUACUGUUAUGAUAAACUCAAAACAUGUAUAAAGAUCCUAAAACUAAACAUAGAUUUAAAUAUUCACAUUUCCCACCACAGUUUCUUGAUGUUAGAAAAUUAGAUAAAUGGAUGUAUUGCUCUUUGUGAAUAUAUUUACAUGGUUCCUAAUGCGUGUACAAAGUACGUUAUUACAUGUUUACUGUUACAUGUACAGAUUAACAUGUAUAAUUUUAAAUGUACAAUUUCACCUUUUUAAUCUUUCUUUUCAUAAUAUGCUUGCUCCCUUCAAACCCAAUAUAGUAUAGAACAGGGUGACCCUGGUUUAAUAAGUACUGUACAGUAAACAGGGUGAACACUGCAAUAUACAAUACUGUACAGUAAACAGGGUGAACACUGCAAUAUACAAUACUGUACAUUAAACAGAGUGAACCCUGAUAUACAAUAAUGUACAGUGCACAGGGUGAACACUGCAAUAUACAAUACUGUACAGUAUACAGAGUGAACCCUGAUAUACAAUAAUGUACAGUAAACAGGGUGAACACUGCAA